AUGUCGGACGUUACUGAGACCAAGCCUGACCCCACCACCAGUGCUCCUGGGGAGACGACGAAGCCUGCAGAGAUCACCACCCCCGAGACAUCAAAGACAGAGGAAGUCAAGGCUGCUGCUGAGUCUGCUACUGAGACUGCUACUGAGACGGUGAAGGAUGUGGCUGCUAAGACAUCCGACAGCGUCUUCUCCAUGUUCGGUGGCGGCCCCAAGAAGGAGAAGAAGGAGGAUGAAGAAGAGGCAGAUGAGCCUUCCGGCUCUUCCAAGGCCAAGAAGGCUGAAGAUGAGGAUGAGGCCCCCGAGUCCCCCGAUGUCCACUUUGAGCCUGUCAUCCGCCUGACCGAGAAGGUCGAGACCAAGACCAACGAAGAGCUUGAAGAGCAAGUCUUCAAGAUGCGCGCCAAGCUCUUCCGAUUCGACCGUGACAGCAAGGAGUGGAAGGAGCGUGGUACCGGCGACGUUAGGUUGUUGAAGCACAAGGAGAAUGGCAAGACCCGUCUGGUCAUGCGCCGAGACAAGACCCUCAAGGUCUGCGCCAACCACUACAUUGUUCCCGACAUGAAGUUGAGCCCCAACGUCGGCAGUGACCGUAGCUGGGUCUGGAACGCCGCUGCUGAUGUCAGUGAGGGCGAGCCUGAGCCUUCGACCUUGGCCAUCCGAUUCGCCAACAGCGAGAACGCAAACCUCUUCAAGGAUGCCUUUGAGAAGGCUCGUGAGGAGAACGAGAAGCUCCUCCAGCAGUAA